CCGGCGCACAAAAAAACGGACGAUGGCCUGUGCGUUUGGGGAAACGCGGGAAACGUGGGAAACCAGCGCCCGGAAUGAAACGACGGAAAACAGUUCCAGGCCGUGCACAACUGGGCUGCAGGUUGCAGAGAAACGGUUCGGUAGAAAAGAACACGCACGACUGGAAAUGGGCAGCGACCAGCCACUCUCGCCAACUCUGCUGUUGCAAAAGGACACCCAAAGACACACCCAAAGGGUCUGGUUGUGCCGCCACCCUCGCAGUUGAGCCCCUAGCUGCCAUCCAAUCCACGGCCGCGGGACUAGCCUGAAUAGUGGGGCCGGCGCCACUUUGAACAGGGCAGCAGCUUGCCUCGCUGGGCCGUGUCGCCAGUCUUGUCUUGGUCGUUGGGGUCGCCGUCGUGUCGUCUCUAUUUUUCUGUCGAACCCGACAGUCAGGAUCCCCUUCGCUGGCGCCGGACACGCCAUCCAUUUUCUGUCGUUCGGGCGCAAAUCGAAAAUUCCAAACGACCACCAUCGCCAAGAACCCCCCAACGUCGCCGCCCACCCACGCGCGCAUGAUUCUCGUCCGUUUCAACCCCUGCCCCGACGACGGCCAAAAGCAAAGUCUUGACGCACGACAGGCGGCGUCCAACCCUAGCUAAAAGGACCUUGCGGCCAUUCCAAUUCCCGGCCAGGCGGUUUAUUGCUGGUCUUUGCUUCUGUGCCGACCUGGAAUUUCGACGUCGAUCGUCAGGCACCGCUGCGUGGAGCAUCACGAGAGGAGAGGGGAAUCGAAUCCGGGCGCCCAUCGCGACAUGUGCCAGACGGCUUGAUGGCUACUAUUUAUCCGCCCUAACGACUGACCACCCGACCAACCCAUCCUCUCGAGCGUCUAGGCCGCCCCGCCGAGAAUCCCCAGGAACUCGCAAACAGAGCACUCCCGACCCUCGCCUCGUAAACAAAACACCCCGUCGCCGGCCAUGGCCUCCGAGCCGCCCCAAUUUCCCGAGCUGUCCCCGUACCAACAGGACAAGAACAACAACCACAACCAAAACCACCAGCGAUCUGGCAGCAUGUCGCUGGGAGCGCCCCCGGGCACCGCCGGCUCUGAGAACGACGGCAGCGUCAGCGGCGCCCCCCAGCCCCAACCUUCGACCGCCCCCGCUCCAGAUGCUGCCGGCGCCGAGAGCGAGCGACAGGUCCAUGAGGUGCUCCAGUCAGAAGUCGGCAUAUCUACGCUGCUGACGAGGCUAAAGCAGUCGAUAAGUUCAACAAAGGAGUUUGCACUGUUCCUCAAGAAACGGGCCAUCCUCGAGGAGGACCUCGCAGCAGGCCUGAGGAAGCUGUGCAAGAUGUCGCAGAGUACGAUGCUGCACCCGGACCACAGACAGGGCACCUUUGCCGAAGCCUACUCGGGCAUGAUGGGGGUUCACGACAAGAUAGCGCAGAACGGGCUGCAGUUCUCGUCGUCGCUGCACCAGAUGCACGACGACCUGGUAGAGCUGUACACGUACGCCGAGAAGAACCGCAAGGGCUGGAAGCAGAACGGUCUCUCGGCCGAGCAGCGCGUUGCCGACAUCGAGGCCAGCGUGCGCAAGUCCAAGGCCAAGUACGACGCCCUGGCCGAGGACUACGACCGCGUCCGCACCGGCGACAGCCAGAAGGGCGGCAAGAUGUUCGGCUUCAAGGGCCCCAAGUCGGCCGCCCAGCACGAGGAGGAUCUGCUGCGUAAGGUCCAGGGCGCCGACCAGGACUACCACUCGCGCGUCGACCUGCUGCAGGCCGAGCGCGCCGAGCUGAUGCGCACCACCAGGCCAGAGGCUAUCAAGGCUCUCCAGGACACCAUCCGGGAGUGCGACGCCGGCCUGACCCUGCAGAUCCAGAAGUUCGCCUCGUUCAACGAGAAGCUUCUCCUGAGCAACGGCCUGAGCAUCAGCCCGCUGAAGAAGGACGCCGAGACCAAGAGCCUGCGUGACAUAGUCGCUGGCAUCAACAACGACCGCGACAUCAGCGACUUCGUGGUCAGCCACUACAGGAACGUGCCGCCACGUACCGGCGAGCCCAAGUACGAGAGGCAUGCCGUGCUUGGCGGGCCGUCACACGCGGGACCGACCUCGUUGCAACCGCCGGGCCAGGUCCCCCAUGGGCCGCCCAGUGCGCAGUUCAGCAUGGCCUCUCAGCAGUUUCCGGGGCCUUUAUCCCAAGGCGCGCCAGGCUCCACCUUUGCCUCGCCCAUGGGCCCCGGCCCGGCCAUGGGAGGCCCGCCCUCCAAGGGACACGAGCGCAACUUUAGUCACACCAGCUUACUGAGCAACACUAGUCUGCCAUCGCAGUCAGGGAACCCGCCACCACCGCAACAACAAAACCAGCAACACCAGCAACACCAGCAACAACCACCACCACCACAACAACAACUACAGCAGCAACAGCAACAGCAACAGCAACAGCAACAGCAGUAUGGGCCGCGGAAUGGGCAGAACUCGGGCCCCGCCUACGGGCCUACGCCCUCGCAGAAGCCGCCGCAACUAGGGGCGCUUCCGUUCCAACAGGGCCCCCCGCAGCAGGGCCCUCCCGGCGGCCACCAUGGGCAUCCCAACCCGUUGAUGCAGCACCAGCCGGCUGGUGCUGACCGGCCGGGGUCAGGCGGGUUCCCUCAGGGGCGGAACCACUCACCCCCGCAGGCGCCCACUCGUCCGGUGUUUGGUGUGUCGCUGGCUCGCCUGUACGAGAGAGACAGCCUGGCAGUGCCGCAGGUUGUGUACCAGUGCAUCACAGCCGUGGACUUUUACGGCCUGGCGGUCGAGGGCAUAUACAGGCUCUCGGGAUCGGUGCCGCACGUCAACAAGCUGAAGAGCAUGUUUGAUUCGAAUUCCGACUCGCCAAAUCUCGACUUUAGGAAUCCCGAGAGUUUCUUCCACGACGUCAACAGCGUUGCCGGUCUUCUGAAGCAGUUCCUGCGUGACCUGCCUGAUCCGCUUUUGACACGGGAGCACUACACCGCGUUCAUAGAAGCAGCCAAAAGCGACGACGAGGUUGUGCGCCGCGACUCACUGCAUGCCAUCAUCAACAACCUACCAGACCCCAACUACGCGACGCUGCGGGCGCUGACGCUGCACCUGCACCGCGUCAUGGACAACUCGCACACGAACCGCAUGAACUCGCAGAACCUGGCCAUCGUGUUUGGGCCCACCCUCAUGGGCACGGGUGCCAACAGCGACAUCUCGGACGCUGGGUGGCAGGUCCGCGUCGUGGACACGAUACUGCAAAACACGCUGCAGAUCUUUGACGAGGACUGAGGCCAAUGCUUUCCCGCCGUCUCGAGUGCUCCCUUCAACUCUCCGCUUAUGGACACAGCUAUACCGGUAUAGGUAUAAUGUAAAUUUGACGUCGAUGUUGCUGUUUGCUAUUUGCUUGCCCUGCCAGCGAGCAACUCUAUCUUGGAAGGAGGUUUUUGUGACUCUUGCUUGUCUGUAUGGGUCUAUGUUCUUUAGCUUCUAUCUGUCUUUUGGGUGGCAUCGCCUGUUUUAGAUUCGGUGGGAAUGACAAAUAAACAUCAUGGCUGGAGUUUUAUUUUAUUUUCUUGCUACGCUAACCCUUGACUCCUUCUUCAUAUCCUGUGCCCGUGAUAUAUGUCAUGCUCUGCGGUU